CUGGAGGCCGACGGGUCAACCACCGUGCUGGCCAACCAGUUCCAGGGUCGGCAGUUGAACCGGCCCAACGACGUGGUGGUCAGGUCCGACGGGAGCAUCUACUUCACCGAUCCGUGGACCUUCCGCCGGCCGCGCGAGCAAUGGGAGCAGACCAUCUCCGGCGUGUACCGCCUGUCGGCCGACCUGGGGACGCUGACCCUGCUGGUGGCUGACUUCGUGGUGCCGAACGGGCUGGCCUUCAAUCCGGAUGAAACCGUGCUGUACGUCAACGACUCCCGCCGUGGCAUCAUCCGCACCUUCGACGUGCAGGAUGACGGCACGGUGUCGCUGGCCACCCAACGCCUGUUUGCCGACAUGCGCGGCGAACGGGAGGGCGUGCCCGACGGAUGA